AUGACCAGAGACUGCGAACAUAGUACAGGAGAUGACCAGAGACUGCGGACACGGUACAGGAGAUGACCAGAGACUGCGGACACAGUACAGGAGAUGACCAGAGACUACGAACAUACUACAGGAGCUGAAUUUGACAGGUACCCGCUCCCACUUCCGCGGAGUUGUCCUACCUUUAGUGCGGGCACCCGGCUGUGCUGGGUGCUCACUGCGCGUGAGCGAGAGGCGCUGCACUUUGUGAAUGGCCCGGCAUCUUCUGGGACCUGUCAUGUGUCCCAUAAGACGCCGGACCAUUCACAA